GCUCUUACAAGUCUACACCUGAGCUGCGGCUGCAUGUGAACCACAUCUGCAGAGGACUACAUCCAGAGGGAAACUGAAUUUGGAGAGGAUCACCGUAUGAUUGAGGGAGGGACUAAAAGUGUGCAUAUCAUUCCUUCCUCUGUGGGACUCACAGCGAGCAGGUAGAGCAUCUCUGCAGUCCAGCACCGCACAGCUGUCACACUCAGCUGCCCAGCGCCUACACUCCACACUCCACAGCAAAACUUCCCACUCCGCAGUCGGUAAGUGCAAAGUUUUAUUUUGACACUCUCGAUUAUAAAUAAACUGAUAGCAUGCUAUAAGGUGUGAAAUUAGCGAAAAUCCGCGCUUCCUUGAUGCAUUAGGGUGAAAGUGUUGCCUUCAAAGUUCCAGGUUUUCCCGUAAGGAAUCCUGAUACAGCGUGCAGCGCGCUUUUUUAAUUGAGAUGCGCUGCGCCGACCUGCUUCAUUUCGGCUUCUUUUUAGGGACUUUCAAAACACCAUUUAAAGAAGAGUAAAGUUGAUUGCACAUUUGCAUCUCUUUUUACAAGGAAAUUUGCAUGUAUUCUUUCUCCUUGUAGGUUUAAAACAAUCUUUGAAGACGCUAUAGAUCAUGUUGGAGGCGUUUGUGCGUAAUAAGUCCCUAUCUUUUACUUUUGUCAGUGACAGUUAAGGAAGAGCAAAGGUGGUGCAUGUGAAUAGCAGCACUGAUUUGCACAUUAUUCACUUGCUAUAUGAGGAUUUUUUUUUUUCCUGAAACAAGAGCAUCUGAAUCUUUUUAUAGGAGAUGAACAUCUGCAAGCAUUGAGCACUGCAUGGCGCAUCUCCUCUCACUCUGACAGCAACUGCCACAAACUAGAUGUGCCAGAUUGCUUAUCAUACAAAUGAUAGGAUGAUGGGACCUGUCACUCCAUGUAACAUACGCCAUACUAUGCAACCUUUAAGUUAGUUCACAGUCUCUAUUUCAAGUAAGCAAUAUUAAGUGAUAAGCAGAGUGUGUAGGAGGAGAGAGGGGUGAGGAAGAGGAAGGAAAAGUGGAGGAGGAGGAGGAGGUGAGGUAGAUGAAAGGAGGAGGCUGUUCUGCAUAAGGAGAGGGGAGUGAUUCAGUGAGGGAGAGUGGUGAUGGAAAUGUUAGCUUGACAUGCAUCUGGAUUGAGGGAUUUUCUUCAGCUCCAGGUGAAAUCUUUCUGCCUGCAAGAAAAGCAGCAGGGAAAUACUCCUGCGAGCCCUUUAAUUUAAUCCAAACAAACACUAAACGGUGAUGAUACGAUGUUGUUUCUCAUAAAACGCCUCAACCCACUGUUUUUACUCUUCUAAACUGUGGAGCUGAUCUCGCAGGUUUUUGUAACCCAGCUUAAAUUGUCUCCACCUCUUUCUUUUUUUUGACUCCCACCCUUUCCCUUCUUCCCUCUCCCUCUUCUCACACACCUACAUAUACACACAUGCCCACACACAUAGUGCAUACCACACACUCGCACACAAAGUGUAAACAGUGUGUGAUAGAUAGGUCACUCCACCCUGUUUGCGUGUUGAUCCCCUCAGCAGGCCCUGCUUCUCCUGUCUGCAACGUUUGUGAUGAGUUACUACAUGGAUCCAGUUUCUUCCUACCCGGCCCUUCACCCCUGUGACCGUCUGGGCACAAUGGUAAGACCUCCCUCAUAAAUUACCUCCUGCGUUAAGGCUGCCACAGCUACCUGCUACACAGCCGGCCAAGAGUGUGAGGCAAUGAAUGUUUGUGUGUUAGCGUCUCAGCCACAUGGUGGUGCAGGAAUGUGUGCAGCAGCAUAUGAGCAGUGUGUUCACAUGUGUGUUAGCAACUCUGGAUCUCAUCACCUCAUGGGAACACAAAAUUUGAACAUUUUUCCUGUUGAGUAUGGUCCACAAAAGUCGAAUCAAUAGCGCCUGCAUCUGUACAUGCUGUUCUUCAUGAUUUCAUUAAAAGUUGGGAAACAGAGUCGUUGAACAAGAUGAAUUUCUACAAGGUUGUGAAAAUGACCUUUUGACCCGCUCUGUCUUGCACAACCAACGAAGAUGUGCUUCUCUUUAUCGAGUAACAGUUGUAAAUAUUGAGACCUGUGGGCCUCCAACCUUGCCACUAACCAACCAAAGCGGAGUCAGACCAUCCCUGAAUAACACUUUUGACAGCUAAGACACCCGCACAGCACUAUGCAGCGGUCCAUCUGCAAGAACACCAGGGCUUUUAACAUGUUCCAAAUGAGAGGGCCGAAUACAGAGUCAGAAACAGAGCGAGCUGGGAACAUUGGGAUUCCUGUCAGAUGAGCAUUUGAAAAGUGAAGGCCAAGGAGCGGCAAAAUAAAUGCCUCCAUUUGUAUGCAGAGCGCCAACACAUUAGGAUAAGAGACUGAGGUUAUAUGCAAAUGGCAACCCCACCCGGCCUGAUAGGAAACAUAGAAGGAUACAGCUCCCAGGGUCCUAAUUGGCUAAGGUGGAGGGGCUUGCCUUUGAAAUUGAGACUACUGUAUACCAGGGCAGACCUGGUCAAAAGGUGAACUUGGGUCAUCCCGGUAGCUCUAUUCUUUUGAAUUUACAUGAAUUAUCAGCAAAAAACAGCAGGGCCUGGUCUUUUUUAUCAUUUUAUGUUUACACUCUUACUUUCAAUGUCUCGUAUGCUGUGCAAAAUCUGUGCUGCAAACACUGACAAUCAAAAAAAUUACAGGAGGUACAGCCUGUUGCAAUUAAAUGUAAAAUUUCUGGAGAUUCUCUGAUCACAAUUAUUUAAAACCACAUGCUAUUCUUCUGUUUGUGUUUUCUUAAAGAAUUCCUUACAAGUAUUAAACACAACAUGAUACCACCUGAUAUCUUUAAGCACCAGUUAUGGGGUUUUGGCCAGUCAUAAAAGGGAUCCAAAUCAGUGCUCAAGCAAAUAAGACCAUCAGCACAAAGAUGAAACUAAUUCUGUACAGUCAUUUUGUCAGAAACUACAUGCAGGGGGUCAGUGUCAGUCACACUGAGUAAUCCCAUGCAACUGAAACAGCAUAGAGUGAACAGUUUUUUUGUUAUUUAACUACAGCACAGCUAACUGUUGAAAUUGGAUUCACAUAGCAAGACGGUGUCAAUCAAAACAAAAACAAAAUUAAAGCUCCAGUAAGCAACUUUCUGUUUAUAUCAACUUUGGCGCCCCCUGUCAACAAAGGAGUCUUUGCUUAUCUUGUCCUCAACAGACUUGAGUAGUGAUUUUUGAUUAAAUAACUGUCAUCCUGCUCAGCUGACACCUACUCUCUCUCACCAGUUUUGGGAGAUGGUUAAUAACAUAAUACCCAUUUUUAACUGUGUCGCUGACAGUGGAGUUUAAUUUUGGAUAUCAUUGAAAGGCGUCAGUAUGAUUUUCAUAAACAUCGAAAGACUCCAAUCUGGAGUGUUUGGACAGUAGCCUAUUCCAAUGAGAUUCAGGAAGUGAUUGGUAUGAUGUAUGAAAUGGGUACCACUUUAAGAAAAAAUUUAUACGGGUACCUUGUAAUGCAUGGCAUAGCAAUGAAUGACAAUGAAAAUGAUUAUAUACCAAGCUUAGGAUGUCUUUGAUACAAACAAGUGAACCAAUCAUUGCAGAAAGGCAAACGUGUCAACAUUGAUCUUAAGUUCAAGAGGGGUUUUUGGUUUUUAAUCACCACCACUACUGCUACUCUUUCAAAACAUCCGCCUAUUUAUUUACAUCUGUACGCUAACUGAUCAUUAAAAAUUUCUAUAUAGAACCACUAGAGGGCAGAUAAACUCAGUGACAAUAGUCCCACAUGUUCAUGUGAUUUGGUGUAAGUAUCAUGAGUCAUAAAAAUGACAGGUUAUGAAAGUCUGAUAUUUAUUGCCUUGAAUGCCUGUUGAAAUAUCUGUGUACUUGAAAAAUGUUUCCACUCCACUAUAUUACUUUUAAAAACAUGUAAAUUUGAUGUAAAUGUUCAAGUGCUCCGUGGGUUGUGAGAAGUGCAAUUAAAAUGUGUUAAUAAGACACCAGUCAGAAAAAUAAGAUGUAAAAAUCAAAACCAAAAACAUACACCUGAGUGUAGCAUUAUGUAAUCAUUAGAAAUGUUGCAGCACAUUCCUUACUCAGACCUGAAGCAUCACCUGAUAUUGCAUCAGACAUGACUGCACUAUCAAACUGAAACCUGGUCAACUUUAGAGAGGCGAUAGAUUUCCACUUAAUUUCUUGGUGCCAUUAAGUCUGGUUUGUGUAAAUAUGUUUUUGCUUUGAUUUGUUAUCCAAAAGUUUUAUUGUCUUUUAAACUUGAGUAUUUACUAGUUCUGUCAUGAAUCUACUGAAACCAAGAAGAUCAAAAAAAGGCAUAAAAUCAAUCAUAUAAAACAAAUGUUUUGCCUCAGAGUAUUAGAGUAUUGAAAUUCUCAGUUUGUUCCGUUAGAGUAAAAUCCUCCUCUAAGUGAACCUGAGACUGACUUUUGAAUUGAGAGUUGUUUUACACUUAAACUGAUAAAUCAACAUUAUGGUGUUGAUGAUAUCUCCACUGCUAUCUUUGUCAGUCUACUCGUCUUUCCACAAAUAGUCCUUGUGGCUCCUUUCAUGCCUAUCUAACUUUUCCCCCUUUGCAGACAGGACUGAUAGGAGAAGGCAGUGCUCCACACAAACCUCUGAAAACCUCUUAAAUUCUCCUCUCUGAUCCUCUGGCCAUGUUUGCCAUCUUUAAAGCUGGCUGGCUGCAGAUAAAUAUUGCUUAUCUCGUUGGCAGUCACUGUCAAGCAGUCUGUUGGUUAUAAAUAUGACAUAUAACAUAUGGCAGUCUAAAAUCACUCACAUCACUGACUUUGAAAGACUCACAUACACUUUGAGAACAGUUGUGAAAUGUGCAUUUAUUCUGAGGCAGUUUACACGGUGUAUACAUAGACUCACAUAGACAUCCUUUUGUGAGAAAAAUGUUGUACUUUGUUCACAUCUCUUCCAAACAUAAAUGUCCAACAAUUUCCAUUGGUAUUUGUUUUUGUUUUCAGAUUGAUAUGCUAAAAAAAUGGCAGACUACAAUCGUCCUCCAGUUCCAUAUCUUCCCCAUAGUCCCCCUGUCAAAUGCUGGCUGCAGACUUCCUCCUUGGUUCAACCUUUUGCAUGAAAGUUUCUGUGAUAAGCGGGAUAAAAUAACAAAGCAAAGAUAAACUGAAAGAGUCAAAUUUAGCCGAAGGGGUUAUCUGUGCAGGAAAACAAAGAAAAAUACAGUGUUUUUCUUAUCCAGGGUUUCUCUGGAUUUAUCACAGCCACUGAGAAGUUUGAUCAGCUGGUUACAGCGCAAAACUAUAUGGACUGUGGGGAACCGGUUUGGCCCAUUGGUUCAGUUGGGCACCCCAUGUACCCUGGCUGUAGCUGAAGAGUGGGUGGUGCAGGUUUAUUUCCAGCCCUCAGCCCCCUUCCUGCAUGUCAAUCCCCACUGUCUCUCUCUAUUUCGAGCUCUUUCCACUGUCCCAUCCUUUAUCCUUUAUGGAUAAAGUCACAAAAACACAUACUGACUUAUUUUCAGCCCAGUUAAAACUGGGGUGUUGUAUCACCCCUGAGGAUAAGAGCUUGUUCCAGGUAUAAAAAUAUAUAUAUCUCAGAUUGAAUUCCCUUAACAAAAAGUAAGGACAACCCCAGCUUACAUGUCAGAUCUACCUGAAUCCUUUCUACUGUACGGGCUUUCAAAUGCAUUUGUGUUUUCAUGGUUAUACCAGGUUUUACUUUACAUUGCAUAAUCAAAAUUCCAAGUCCUGAUUUGCGACUAACAGAUGUGACUAACUUGAUUUAGUUAAAAGUAUCAACUCCAGAGUAAUAGGAUGUGCAAACUUGAUUUCCAGCAGAACCUAUAGGCAGAUAAAAGAAGUACACCAAAGACAGACAACUAUGUAACAAAUACAUGACAUGAUAAAAAGGUUGGUGUUGUUUCGUUUUUUGUGUGUGCAUUCAGAGACAGAGUGGAGGGGUGCCAGUAGGUCCACAUACCCAGUUUCCCAUCGUGGUCCACUCUCAGCAGCAGUGUUACCCAUCACAGCCCCUUUACAUCCAGGACAUCCCUCUACAGGAGGUUCCCAAUGGACACGACCUGUGCUCUACAGGUAAGAGAUGCACACAGACUGUCCCAAACAUGAUGUCUGGGCCAAGAGCUUUUUGAUGCAUGUCGUGUUUUUUUUUUUUUUUUUUUUAUAUUACGCCAACUUUCCGUUAACAAAUAAUUCUUCAUCUAAAUGAAUAAGAGAAUUAUUUAAUGCUCAUCGUGUCAAUGCUUAAGAAAAAAAUAUAAAAACUAUUCGUUACUUGUGAACAAACAACUCAGAGCAAACAAAAGACCAUGCACAAACUGGAAUGCUAAAUGAGCAAUUAGUCUCAACUUGACACACACAUGAUACUCCCUAAUUCAGACACAAACAGCCUCAACUUGACCUGUUGUUCUGCGCAUGAUGCUCGCGGGAUGAUGGUGAUGUUGACCCUGAGGGCAAUGCCUUUACCAGAUACCCCCUGUUUCUCUCUUUCGUUCAUUCUUUCAUUUUUGUUUUUAACCUUUUUUCUUUUUUCUUCUCUAAACCAUGCACCACAUGCCCCAAAGUUGUCCUUUUCUUUUUCUUCCUUUCACUUUUUUUUUCCAAAUAAGUAUUAUUUUAAACUGCAACAUUCCUUCCAGUGCAUUUGCCUGUGUUUGACUCUGGCCUCCUUAAGUUCUUAAAAGCGUGAUUGAUGCUGGUGGACUGGGACACACGCCACAGGAGUAGGGUAGGGGUGCUGGGGGGCACAAGCUUUCUUCCGUCACCUCCCUGAGCUGGAUGCGAGGGGUAAGACAGGGGGCCAAAGGGCGGCCAUCCUUUUCCCAAGCCCCUGGUUUGGUCCCUGGAGAGAUAGAGGGGGGCUGAGUGUGCGUGUGUAUGUGUGUGUGAGAGAGAGAGGGAGUCAGGAUUUGAUGGGAUUUGCUGAUGUUUGUUGCUGGAGACACACUCCUUUGGAGGACUGACUUCAUUGCUCCCAGCGCUAAACCGUUGACAUAAACAUUGCAGAGUGGAAAAAAAUGACCGAACAUUGACCUUCUUUCUUUUUUCACCCUGCUCCGAAAUCCUUAACUACACUGAGAACAGGUCUAAGAGCAUCUGAGUCACCUGGAGAUGCUGUAACAGUCAUUUAGUGCUUUUUGAUGGUGUCAGAUAGACUUGCUGGUGGUUUUGUGCAAGCAGCGCAUGGUGUUAUGAGUCUAUACUAAUCUCAAGAGCAGCUCAACAACCUUUGACACAACCUCCACACCCUGCAGCCGUUGCUUUGACUAAUAUCUUCUUAACUGUAAACACAGUCGUCUCUCGAACAUUUUCACUUGCAAAUUCAGAACCCUCGUGUUUAAUUCACAUACAGUAUGAUUAGAAAUGGAAGUAACAGGGAUUGCAACAUAGUUUCUGCUCAGAUUUGCAUAUUUAUCUUUUUUAUUUCUCAUUGACUUACGAGAUGUUUAAAUCAUGAUUUUGUUUUGCUAUUGAGGAUGUUCAUUAAAUGUUUACGUUUAAACCACAUUUCACCUGGAAAUCUGCUACUUUCAGGAGAUUCAUCACAUAUAUCCACUCACCUAUUAAUUUCAGUAGCUCAUACAGCUGAAAUGAUUGUUGAAGUGAAAUACGGACAGAUACUAAAUAUUUCAAUACAUGAAAGCUGAGUAUGAAAUCAAGUCCAGCACUCUUCCCUGUCAGCCACAAAGACCUAUUAGAACAGCUUCUGUCAUUGCAUACCAGUGAAGGACAGUAUGGUCUGGUGGUCUGUCAGCUGUCCAGAUUAAAGCUCUUGAGGGGAACUUUCAGUUUGUGUCCAUUUUGAACCUCCCUUAUAUGUGCAGUCCUCAUUUUACUUCUUUUUAUGGGGAAAGUUUAUAAACUGCUUCUUUUACAGCUCAUCUGGGGCCAUAUGAGCACUGACAUGGUGUAGGUGCAUAGACUAAUGCUGCGUUCGAGUUACCUCGGAAGACAGAAGUCAGAGCUGAAAAUCCUGUCACACCUGAGUUCCCAGCGUUUCAGUUACCAAGUCGGAAAAAGCAAAAUCGGAGGCGGAAACAAGAUGGCUACAUCUACGAAAGUUAUUUUAGCACUUGCCUUGUCCUUGCUUAUAUUUGGACAAGGUAAAGUGCUAAAAUAACUCAGAACUCAGGUGUGACGUCAUUUUCAGUUCCGACAUCUGACUCCUGAGGUAAUUCGAGCGCAGCAAAAAUUCCAACUUAAAGGUGGAGAAGGCGGGAUCUGAGGAAGUGCCAGUUUUUCGAGAAAUCUUGAAUGUAACCACUACCCCUCCCAACCAGUUUUCCCCUCAGCUCCUCCUCUCCCCUCCCUCUCUGCUCCAGCAAGCCCAGAUACUUCAGAUAAUUACAAAUGGGGCCCAGUCAUUGUGAAAGUAAAUGUGAAAGCAUUGGUACUACUGUAGAUGCCAACAGACUACCAGCAAACACAAUGUUUGGAGGACUUCUACAACUAGGAUAAAGUGACAUAGUCUAGGACCUGAGGUAAACAGUUUAGCGGCACUACAACACGCAGCAGGUCCCGUUUGACAAAAAGCACUUCUGUUACAGACACUUGGCUUACUUUGUUAAAGCGGUUUACCUGUCCAGCAGAAAGGUAACGGGGUCCGUAAGAUCCCGAAGCGUUCACUGAUGUUGACCCGGCUUUUUAGCUCUUGUCCAGGUUGUCUACCUCCUUUUUAAGCGUCAGUGAUUUUGCCAGAGUCUCCAGUAUUGACUUAGUUUUCUUGCUUGUGUUGGCAGUCGGACAAUUUUCCAUACUUUCUGGUUGGUUUCUACUGUCAUAUUGUAGCUCGCUAACUUUGUUUUGGGCUAAUGCACAUUAUUCAAGGAUGGGGACCGUGCCUUACAACAUAAGGGAGCAGCAUCUGCCUCACAACCAAUCAGCACAAGGGCGUAGGGUCCGCCUCAAAACCAAUCAGGUUGGGGGAGCAGGGUCUGAAAGAGCGGGCCACUCAAAAAUUUUAAAAUGUUCACCACACAGACAUAAUGAAACACAGUGAUAUUUUUAUAUUACCAAAUGUCAUCAAUAACUAAGAGCUAUUGACUCAUAUUAAAAGCUUUUUUGUAUACACACCACAAAAAGAUGCUUUUUUAACAGAAUCGUGCCUACCCUUUCUGUAAAGUGGAAAAUCAUUUUAGAGAAAUAAUAUCACUUUGAAAUUUCUGCCCCUUCUUUCACCCCUUGAGUAAACUGUGUCUUAAUUGUAAGGCAAACUAUGUUUUCUGACAUGAUAAUGUCGUACCAUGAUUUCGCCACCUUUUAAACCCCAAAAUCCAAUGCGGAAAAUGUGUACAGGCCACAAGCAUGUUUGUAUUUGAUUCUGCAGACUUGUCAGGAAGAAAUGGCUUAAUUAGGAUUUGGUUUCAGGCCGCUUGGCAAUUAUUCACUCAGCACUGUUUUGAGCCAUGAGGGAAAUAUUUGGUUGUUUAGCUGUUAAAUACUCUGCUAGAUUUAACAGCCAGUUGCUAACUGUGUCUGUCUGUCUUAAUGUGGAGAUUAUGUCAGUAUACAGAGGGUUUUUAAAGCUCUUUUAGCUGACUACAACUAAGUCCCAGGACUCCAAGACAGCAGGAAUAGUGAACCUAAACACUCAAGUGCCAGACAGACUUCAAGCUAAGCUGCAAAGAUGGAAAACAUGCUCUUUACAAUUAAAUUUUUUAUCAUCUGAUUUAAAAAACCUGCUUUUGAUUUAUGAACUAGACAGAAAUUUUAAUACAUAAAGAUGACUAUCGGGAUAUUUUUUUCUAAUAAUCAGAUUUAAUUUUAUUUUCAGAAUUUACACAGAAUCAUACAUCAUUUUAAUCUGAAUAAGCUAGAAAAUGACCAAAAAAAAAAAAAAAGGAUAAAACGUGAGGGAAAACAAAACAAAACAAAAAGAAGGGUAAACAAAGAAAAAACCCCAAAACAACAACACAACAAUGUGUCAUCAAUUAAAGAAAUGUGUCCUUGUAUUUAUUAAAAAAAAAAAAAAAAAAAAGAAGAAGUAAUUUUUACCAUUAGCUCAGUCUGGGACCCCCAAAACCACCGUCUCCCAUCUGUAUAGUUUCAAUUAGACCUUUAGGCAAGUAAUCCAUAAGGGGCCGCCAUGUGUCCAUCAAGAUAUCAUCAUUCCCUUUUAAUUUGGUAUACAUAUAGUAUAUAUUUUCUGGCCAAAAAUAAGAGCUUAUUAAGUAAUUUUGAUCUUCUCACAUCCAUAACUCUAUCUGUUGGUGGCAGCCCCGAUAGAAACUGGCCUGGAUCUUUACAUAUCUCGUUUUUGAAUAUUGCUGUCACUUCCUUAGAUACACAUGACCAGAACUUUGAUAUUCUUGGACAGCUCCAGAAGACUAUCGGGAUAUUAAUCUGCACAAUAAAUCCAGGUUACAAAACCAGUUGCUUUGUAAACCCCCUUGGAUUAGUAUUGAGGCUACUUCAUAGCAUCCUUGACUCCCAAUGUAAAUCGUUAAUCAAUCUGAACUUACUUUACUUUUGUGACGUUGGGUUUUUCAGUAUAACUCCCUCCUUUGAGAAUGGAUUGGCUGAAAUGUUAGUGUGAGAAAGAAACUGUACAGAGCAGAUGUGUGGUGGGGAUGUUGGAUGUUAAAGGCCCAUCGCAUGUUUGGCCCUGAGCCCAAUGUCACACACACUGCUUCCUGACAACAGCCAUGCCAUGGUGAUGUUUACAUUAACCCGGCUCUACUCUCCUUCACUAUCCAACACUCACACCACAGGGCCUGUAAACUCUCAUGGUGGAAAUUUACCACGGGAGCAUGUGUGUGUGUGUGUAUGUGUGGGAAAAAAAAAUGAAUGAGUAUAUAUACUCCUGUUGGCUUUUAUUGAUAACAAAGCAGAUAUCACACACAUGUACACACACACACCCACACACUCCUCUGACUUCCUGCAGAGAUGCCUGUUCCACAUAUUCAUUCAUUAAAUUCACACCCAGCACUCUGGUGUGUAUUGUGUUACUGCAUCCUCUCAUUCAGUAAAGCAGGUACUCACACAUGCACACACGCACGCACACACACACACACUCCUCUGCACUUAUGAGUUCACUGUACAUUUAAACAUGCCCUCCCAUUUAGUCCACGCAGACACAGCUGUGAUCUGGCACUCAGGGACCACUGGCCUGUUUUAUUUGAUGUGAUUUGACAGCUGGACAGUUAGAAGAGGAGGGGGACAGGGUGGAAAGCGAAGGAGAGUGGGCGGAAUACAGUUUGAGGAGAGACGAAGGAUAAGGAGAGGGAUAAGUCACGGAGCUAGGACUGGUGGGAGGAGAGGAGACAAGGGGAGAGGAGGAGGAUCUAAAUGUUGAGCCUUGAGGGGGGGAGACGGGAGGGCUUCGCCUCUGAUGAGGGGCACGUCCUCGCGGGCGCAGGCCCAUUUUUUAUUUCUAAAAGUAAACUUGCAGCCUGCAGGGGUCUGGGGGGUUAUGGGAAAGGAGGAAACAGUGAUGCUAAUCAGACUGUUGCACACUUCCCCCUCCAACAAUAAAACAAAACAAGAGUGGAAACACGGAAAAGCGACAGACAACUGGGGAGGAAUGGGCUACACUGUGGCCAUAGACCUAGAUUUGAACUGCAGAGUGUAAUUAUCUUUCUGAAGCGAGUGGUAUUAGUCAAUAAACAAAGGAAAGAGGGAAUGUGUUCUGCUAUAAUGCAUAUUUGUAGUGUGUGAAGUAUUUUUAGACAUCUGAAAGAUGUAAUUUUCCACAUUAAACUUCUGGGAAGUGGUUUCAUUGUGUAUUGAAAUUGGUCAUUUACAAGUAGAGUCACUCUGGAAUUUCCACUCCAGAAGUCCAAGUUCUCGUUCACUGGACUGAGGAAUAAUUCCUGCUAAAUCUCUGUUCCUGAGCACUUAAUUGUGAAGUUUUUCAGAAUUAGUAUUUUUCCUCUCUUAAAACUAUCAGCAACUAAAGACACACCUUUUACUUUCCUGUUAGCGUCAACACAGACCCUCUGCACUACGGCUUCAGCCAAACACCAAAAUUUCAAGCUUCCCUUUCCUUAAGUUCUUCAAGUUUUACUUCUAGGAAGUGUUCGUGUGGUAAUUUCCUCUUGAUAGCGCAGUGACUAAUUACAAACCACUUCAGUUGGAGAACACACAGUUCUCAAACAUAUGCAAUCACUGAGUGGUGAUGAUGCAACAGAUGCCAACUCAUCAGGAAAGGUGGUGCUUUAAUGAAUCCUGAGAGGGACCUCCUAUUGUUUUAAUGUUUAUAUCACAAGCCGAGCAAUAUCCACAGACUGUUAACUACAAUGAGUGUACACACUUAUGGGAACAGUGAACACGUCUUACUGUGUCCCGUAAUGUGUGUUCAUAGUUGAACAGAGUCCAUAGAUAACCAAAGGUUAAUUCUUUAUUUUUUUUUUUACAGAGAAUAGAGUGUUGAUAGCAUAUUUAUCAAGAUGAAACUAGCAGCAGCUGCUUUUUUUUUUUCCUCAGGCAUAUUAAUUUUUUAGCUGACUUUAUUUUUUGAGUGUUUUAUUCUUCUAAAAAAACAUCCAUGUAUGCAUUAAGAAAUACAUCUGAACUCUGGACGGAUUUUUCCUUCAGCCCGGAGUGAGGCUUUAUCUGAGAACAUGGUGCUAACAGUGAAGAGGGAGGGCAUGAUGAGAGGAGGGAGGUCUGGGAGGCAAAGAGACUCAGAGGGGGGUGGGGAUAAUUGAAUUAUCUGCACAAUGGAGUGAUGGGGGGCACGUGGUGCCGCUAAUGGAGGAAGAGAUGUCCUUUUUAGCAAAGCUAAUUGUUGAGAAAAGAGCUGAGCCUUUGUUCAGGGAGGCCCCACUACUUUCCCAGUGCACUUACAUGCACACAACUGGGUAGAGUGCACACACACAAGACAUGUGCACUCGCUGACACUGCUGACAUAUACAUGGGCAUGCACACAUACUGUAGAUACACUCAUGCAAGAGAUUUUGGAAUGUGUGGAGUAUGAGAAAGAUGUACAUGUAAAGACAUAUGCACACACACUCACACAGACAGACACACACACACAGGGAUACGCCACUCCUGUCCCAGCCAACCUUCUGAUCUCAGCAGGAGUGCAUCCAGCCUGUGGCACCAUCAGACAGCAACCACCGCAGAUAGAGUUGAGACUAAGCCGCCAGACAGAGACCACAAGGACCCUACUGUUUUACUGUUUUACUGCCUGCUCUCUCUCUCUCUCUCUCUCUUUCUCUCUCUCUCUCUCUGUGCCCAUCAACCAUCUUUGUGUGUGUGCUUGAGUGUCUGUAAAUGACUCUCUGAGUGUUCGCACUACAUACCAAACUCAUUAGGGCCGUAUCCAUUGUCUGAAAUGUUCCAUACUUUGAUUUUCUUGUGUUUCAGAGUCGUCAUUUCAGAUUGAGUGUUUCCAAAUGUGAAAGGAAGUAUAGCAUUGAAAUGUAAAUUCUCGGAGCAACCCAAACUCUUUUUUCUGACUGGCUGCGAGGGGAAGCAAGAUGUCAAAGAAAAUAUCACUUGACAGCUGUACUGGCUGCUCUAAAUUGUAUAACCUUUCAGUUAACUCUGUGAAAAGUAGCAGGUGCAACGGUUACAUCUCAGGAUUAUAGACAUACGCACAACACAGAUGUGCCAGUGAGAGACUGACAGUGAGCAGGGAGAGCAGUGAGAAGAGAAAAAGCUGCUCUGGGUCGAGGUUGCAUACUCAAAGGGAAGCAAGUGAAGCCAGCUAACUGUCAAAACCAUGGCAACAGCAUUCGCCAGGUGAAGAAAAAGAUCUAGAUCUGAAAUUUGUUUGAUGUGUAACAUGUGUCUUAAGUGUGCUGGUACAAACACUGGCGGCUUGUCUCGUGCAAUGAUUAACAAUCCCUCUGUAUGAAUAGGAAAAGACAGAGUUUGUUUCACACAGCAUUAUUUUUUUUUUUCUUAUUUACUCAUAUUGUAAAAAAAACUCUGACACAAGCAUUUUAUAUAGUUGAUAACAAGCUCUUCUAGAUCUUUGUAGCAAUAAACCACAUGGUGCUUUAUUGAAUUCUUUUUAAAGGACUUUGUUUUUUCAUGUUCAGAAAUCUGUGUUUGUCUCCAGGGUCAUUGUACAGCAGGCUUUUCAGGCAGAUAAAAUGUUCACUACUGUGAUAAAGACAUUAGUAACAUCAUGUCCUGGGUUUCAAGAACAGAUUUAUUCAUGUUUCCCAGCAACAGGGAUACAAAACAACAACGAUUUAUGUAUUUAUUUCUUUUUAUUUUGUCAAACUGCUUGUUUAUGCAGUUUUUUUGUUCACUCAAUUAGUUCUCUUUGUUCAUCAAUCUGAAGGAUUUGAAUAUGUUUUAUACUACUUAAAAAAUGGUAAAAAGUGGGGGAUGCAGACAGGCAGAAACUCAAACUGAAACACGCUACAGUGACGCCAGCCCAGAUAUUAGUCAGCAACACCAUUAAACCCCUAAUGGCUGCCCUCAGGCACAAAAGGACCCGGGAUGUCCUUUUAAGAACAGAUUUGAGGGAGUUCAUUAAUGGAAAACAAAGAGAUGCAGUCAGAGAGGCUAACUGACUGAUUGACUGAAUGACUGUCUGACUGACUGACUGGGAUACAGUGAGAGGUGCUUGUUCCCCCGUUUCAUUCUUGUCUCCCAUCACCCCCCCCCCCCCCAUCUACUUCACCCCCUAGUGACGCAGCUCCUCUCACCACAGAACCCACCAGCACUCUUUCCAGAUGAGGCUCCUAUCAGGGCCAAUGAAACCUGAUCCAGGCCUGCUAAUGGAGCCAGAGAAGUACCACCGGUUUAAAAAAUCCAUGUGUGAUCAAUAUCCCUGGCUCCCCUGCCUCCGUACACACAUGUACACAGUAGAUGCAGAAGUAUCAUAUUGACAUGCGUCGUAGGUUGUGCCUCAUGAUUCUGUCUAACGAGGUUGCUCAUGAUGAGGUUGAAUAUGUGGAAAAGCAGAGCUGAUUCCUUAAAGAUCUUGAUGUUGUUCUAAGUGCAGCCAAUUUUGUCUCUAUUGUUAAAAGUGCUUCGGUCCUUGGAACUUGAAUGAGAAAUACUAUUAUAAUUUGUUAUUACCUUUCAGUUAUCAUGGGAGAUGUUUUGUAAUGGUAGUGGUUUUCUCACAGUGGAGCCUUACUGCGGCUUAAGAAAGCUAAUCUGUGUCUCGUCUUUGUUCUUCUAAAUUCCUGAAUCAAUUUCAAUUAAGUCAUUUGUGAUAUCUCUUGAUAAUCAAAGAUAAAAAAUGUAUUAGUCUCAAAAAGGGAGGAAAAAAUCUGGAAUUAUUUUUUUCAUUUCUAGUAGGGGAGAGUGGGGUAAGUUGAGCCACCCCUUGUUGCUUGGAAAUGGUAAAAGAAAUUGAUCAUGUGACCAAAUAUUUAGGAGAUAGGCAUCAAUUCAUAGAGCCUGUGAAGGUUAGAAGCACAUGGGUGAAAGGGUUAGACAUUUGUUUCCAAAAAAAACAUUUUUCACUCUUGAAAGUGAAUUUAGUCUGUCAUAAGUUUUAUUAGAAUUGUGUUCAGACCAAACAAGAUCAUUUUAAAUUUGUUUUAUAAAAUCAAUUGUGGUAUCUAUGAGCUAUGACAUUAGGUCAAAAACCUAGAAUAAGAGUCCACCAUUUUGAUUUAGAGGACUAAUAAAGUCAUAAUAGUAGUUCUGGGGUAAGUUGAGUCAGUGGCUCAGCUGAGAAAGUGAAGGAGUCUGAUGAGAGGAUCAGAGUUUCAGUUCAGAUUGUUGAAAUGUGUUACUUUUUCUUUUCAAAAAUACAGCUGUGAAUGUUCUGAAUCACUUGAAGACAUUCUCAUGUUAAAAUGUUUUUUAGCAGUUUUAUGCAAUAAUAAUAAUAAGAUUUAUUUUAUAAGUUGAAUAGUGUAUAAUAGAUAAAAAUACACAUGAAUGUGAAGCAGUGACUGUUAUUUAGGGAGAGAAAAGGUGAGGGAGGGCUGGAGUGGAGAGUGGGCUGGGGUAGUAGGGAUACAGCUCAACUUACCCUGCUCCUAUGGUCAACUUACCCCAUACAUGGGGUAAGUUGACCAUAGAAGACCACUUUUUUGUCAUGCUAAAUUAUCAAGACAGUUAUGUUUACACUCAUUCUGAUGAGUUGCAGGAAUGCACAACAUCUUGAAAUAUAUGCAGAUACACUAGUUAGAGACAAAACUAUGAUCGCCUUGAUGUAGUGAUCAGAAAUAUGAAAAAUGGCUCAUCUUACCCCACUCUCUCCUAAUGAAGAAAGUUUGAUUGUUUUUAGUGUCAAGUUCAAAAUACUGCACCUAUACAUGCAAACGCAGCUGGAUAGAGGGGAAAAAAAAACAUGGUUGUUUUUUUAUUGAUCAGGACAAGGUGAACAGGAAAUACUCUGAGGUGUUUAUGAGGGUGAGGGACAAGUUAUGAGGAAGCCUGGACCUGCAGAAAAUAGGACACAGACAAGCCAGACUCCCCUUAGUUUGUGGUCAAGUACAAGACAGUUUUUUUCACAUCCUUAUUAGUCACGAAAAUGUUGCAGUGUGACAACCAUAUUGUAGUCUAUGUGUGCUUGUAAUACAUAACAGUUCCUAGAGGGGCUUAUUAAUGUAGGUAUAUGGGCCGUGUCAUUAUUUGUCAUAAAUAAUAGCUGGUGAUGAAUUUUGUGUUUGUUGUGGUGUUUGAGCAGCUACAAAUGUGGUUUACUUUACAACAGUUCUUUCUCAUGCUGCUCAUCAGCUCUCAUGUCUCUGGAGUCUUUCUCAUCCUCAUGAAACGCCAGCAAUUUGCGGGAACAUGUGGACUCCUAACUACGUCUGAUGACGCGCAGGGGCCUCGGUAGUCUUCAAGUAGGGGUAGUUUCUCACAGAGACAUGAGGAGGAGGUAGUGUGUGUCCUUGUUUGUGUGUGUGUGUGUGUGUGUGUGUGUUGGGAGAGCGGGGGUAUUGUAAUUGAAUUGUGAAUCAACUGGCAAGUCAGCCCCAAAACACCGCCCCCUUCAGCUGUCGUCGCUCCGGCUCUGUGAAUGCAACGCCCAUAGCCAGAGAAUGAGGGGAAGGAGUGAGUGAGUGUGAGAGGGAGUAAGAAAGAACGAGGAAAAGAGGGAGUGUGUGUACAUGUACCCGGAGAAGAAGAAGAAGAAGAAGAGAGGGAAAGAGAGUGACAAGUUAAGGGUAAAAAAAAAGGAGCCGAAUCGGUUUUUGGUGUGAGAGGAGAGGUAGGGGAAAAAAACAGCAAGUGUUAAAAGACCGGGCGCCAAAGGAGGAGAAGAUUUUCGCUUAUUUUGGUGUUUUUUGGAGCUGUUAGAAUAAAACAAGGACGCGGCGUUUAUUAAGUCACGCUGAUCCGAUGAUCAUGACGGCAGCUGUCGAUAUGAAACCGACGUUAACAAUCAUAAAGGCUGAAAAGAUGGACGGUGAGUAAUACAACUCUUCUGUGACAGCUAACACGCGACUUACAUUACUCCUUAAUGUUUCCUUGUAACGCAACCAGCCGGUGGCACAUAACGUUGAUGGUAACCUUAGUUGGAUUUCUCGGUAUUAAAAAAAGGACAGAACAUCUUCAACGUGUCAGGACGAUGUCGGUUGCACAAUAUUGGUCAACACGCAACAUUUGAGAAAUAUGCAAUCACGCCAGAGGCUCUAUGUUUCCAGUGUGUUUUAACCGCUUCAUACCCACUGAAUGAAUCACACUCAUUAUAUCACUGUUGUAGAAACAAGGCUACCGUGGACUGAUAAUAGGAAAAAGUUGUCCACACAUUUGUAGAGUUUGAUCACUAAUUAAAUAAUGGACUAAUUAAAGAUAUCAGUCAAAGGGGUGAAAUUUGACAUGUUUACUGUUUAAGUAGUCACCAAUAUUGCUAUUUUACUUAUCUCAAUCACUCCAGCCAGCUAAGUUUUGUCACAUAUAUUGUGAAUUUGUGUUGCUCAGAUGGACUAUUUCUGAGUCUGGUAGUUUUGAUGCACUUUGAUCCAUCCUUUCUCAUGUGAGUACCUAUUCCUGACCCCAUAUAACAGAGCACUUUCUGCCCAGCCAGCAUGGGGGACAGGCCAUACUGCCUAAUCACUCCCCUCCGCACCAACUCCACAGUCUCCCUCCCUUCUCCUCUUCUCUCCCUCUAAUGCAGCGGUUGAAUGUGAGUUUCCAGAGGGAAGGAGAGGCAGACUGAGGUGAUGAAUCUGCAUUGCUGAGGCUUGCCUCUCUGACCCUGCUGCCUGGAACACUUGCUGGAUUGCUCCAGGGAUAGUUGAGGACAUGAAGAGGAAAGCCCACGAUUGUCAGCUGUGAUUGUAUUUGGCUUUAAACCUUUUGUGUGGUUUCACUUCUCGUUUUCACUGAGAGGUCUUACACAUGGUGGCAUGUUUGGAUAAUUUGCAUUAAGCAGCUUUACAUGAACUAAUCCCCUGUGCUUUUGUAGCUCAGGUGGCAUUAAGCCUGUUAAUAGAGUAGCAAGCAGCAUUCAAGCAUUGUGGAAAUUUGAUACUAAUUGCUCGUGUUGACCCACUAAGGGGCUGUGACUCACCACAGUAACCACCUUCUCUUCAUUGUCAGUACCUGCAGAGCAAAAUUCACACAUGCACUCUCGCAAACUCAAACACAAAGCGCUGACAGCUGCAGUUAAGUUGCCAAAGCGUAGUGCUAUCUUGCAAAACCAUUUCGCAACGCUCCCUCCUCCUUACACUUACUUGGGUGCACUCGGGUCAAGCUGAGGCUGCCAUGGAGUAGCUCACAACAUCACACAAACAUACCCUUUCUUUAUGUGUCUCUCACACAGAGACAUGCAGUGUUUUGUCCACUUCUGCAUAUUACCAUGCUUUCAUGAUAAUUGCUCCAAAACGUUCAAGGAUGUUCUGAUAGGCCACAACCGUUAAAUGCAUGCUUAAAUGCAUAUAAUGGACAACGACAGAUUCUACGCUUGCAACUUGUAGGGAGAGACGCAUGUUCAGUACAAAGUUAGAAUAUAUUUUCUGAUGUUUUGCAUAUCCGAAGAGUCACCUCUGAGCUAUAUAUGGCAUUGUGGAAACAGAUGCUCUCCUUUAUUCCUCUCCACCUUAACACCUGCAUGCACACACUUUACAUACAUGCACGCCCCAGUAACAAGCACAAGUGGCUUCCACCCUACCUUACUAUAGUGUUUGUUUUGCUUUACAAGAGGAGUGCAGCUGAUGUCAUCUUACCCAAGGCUCGUCUUCCCUCCUUUCAGCGGAGGUAAUUCUUCUUAAAGCGCUCACUCACUGCCAGGGCCAGAGGUGCACCCAAACAAGGCGCCAAAUGAUCUACAAAGCUUUUCUACUUUUGUUCAGUGUCUGUAGUCAAACCCUGACAAAGCACACUCAUUUCACUGGAACUCAGAUCAUGGUAGCUUAUUAUUGAAGGUGUCAUCUAACCAUGACAAAACUGUCAGCUCUACUGAGACGUGAAAGAUAGGAUUACCAAAGAAGAGGUGUUGAGUUCAUUGUGAAAGUACAGGUACCUUAAGUUUCCUCUUCUCUUGUCUGUUGUAAGUUUUGUUUUCAUGGGUAUUUUUGUAAAGACAGCUCUGUAAAAAUUCAAGACAGCUGUUAAUUAUUUACAAUACAUGAAGUUAUGAGUUUUUAACUUGAGUGAGUUGUCCCUUUUUUAAUGCUCCUUCUCUCUUUUCGUCAGGCCUGGAGGUCAGGGUUCAGUGACUGACAGGAAUGUUUUUUGAGCAUGCCCUGCUGGGUGGCAUGCAUGGAGGCAUAGAUGGAGCUCGAGUGGGAGGCUGACUUUUAUCUGAUCAAAACGCUGAUGUUUGUUAUAACUGGCAGGCCUGAUGCUUUUGCUGAGAGCCCUUAUAAGGCCUCUCGUUCCACGCCCGUCACAUACAGAAUGCACACAAGCACACACAGGCAACCGCCAUACAAAACGCUCUGAAAAAGGUUUUGCUGACUUUCUUUUCCAAGGUGCCUCCCAUGUUGGGAUGGUGUGGGGAGUUUUUUAGCUGCUAUUAGAACAGAGGGUGUUACAUAAGCCUCAGGUUUUUGCUUCGGUGUGUUUGUGUCAGCACUCCUUCAGUAGCGCACUGUAAUAUAUGCCAAUGUUUGAGUGUGCGUGGCUGCCUGGCAGCUGUGCAAACACUGUUUGGGUGAUCCAGGCUUCUCUUGAUGUGGUCUGUCAAUGAAUCGGGCCAAACAGAGCACAGAGACCCAGUCUUUUUUUUUUUUUUUCAUCUGUGUCAAGCUAAAAGGUGGCGUGGUUUGCCAGAUCAAACUUGAUUAGUCAGUCUACUUGUAAGAGCAUCAUCCAUCUGCUGUGAGGUAGUGUUAUUGACCAGGACAUGUCUGUGCCUAGAGGGCAACAGAUAGCAGCUUCCUCAAUGAACCUCCUUGUCCUUGUCAUACUUAUCAAUGGACUCGGUGGAUUCUAGUGAAGUGUGAAGAGUUUCCACAGUGACCUUGUCUUUCUUUUUAUGAGCUGCUCAUUGAUGUCACUGUGUCAGAUCAGAUAGGUUACCACCACCCCACUUGUUUAUUGUGCGUAUUACAGUCAUUGAUCCGUCAUUCAUUCAGCUUUUCCUCUGCUAGGUUGGCCAUAUAAACAUAAAACAUAUUACUGCGUGGGUCCUAUCUUAACACUUCCCUGGUGACUACACGCCUUAAUCUUUGCUUACAAAGCUUAGUCAUGAAGUAAGGCGUGUUAGAGCAGUGAGCAUAUGGUGAGGACAAGUGGACUGAAAAGUGGAAUGAGUUCGCAGAUAGUGGUUGAAUGUAUGCCAAUGUACAGUUGUCAUCAUGGCAGUAAAUGAUUAGUGAAAUCCACCCCACGAGGAUUAGAGUGCUUCUUACUUCAGUCAGUCAUCUCAUAUUACUAACACUGAAAAGUUAAUAACCAAAACAACUGAAUAACUUGUUCCUAGAGCUUGGCAAAGAGAGUAUCAACAAGCUUUUUGUAAGACCAAACUCUUCAAUCACCCACCCACUCACUCUAUUCCUUCUCCAGAAUUCCUCCCCCUCCUUUCCCUUUCUUCCUCUGUUUUCAAUGUCGUUCUGCUGGCCACAUGGGUUUCUCUCACAACUUCUUGAUGUGGUGUAUGGUGAGUUCCUGGUGAGUGCACUCCGUCCCAUCCCCAGUCAUUCCCUGCGUGUAAUCCCUGAGUCACGCCAGUAGACGCCUGCUGCACCACACGCCACUGGCUGUCAGACUGAGCGUCUGCUUGGCUCGCUUACAGGUUUUUAGCUUAACGCACAUAUCCCGCGUUCUUUACCAUACCAGUCUGCCUGUGAACUCUAACUGGCCUGAAGUGGCCCUAAAACAGCUCCACAUCUACCCACGCAUAUCAACACUGUCUUGAGUGCUUCAAAACGUUUUUUUUAGUCCACUUGGUAAGUUGCUGUUUCUGUUUUAUGGCUUCACAUUUAGGAGCCAUGUUUCCCAUAAUGGAAUGGAAACUGGGCUAACUUAGAAACAUGCCUGGUUUAGGUAUCUGUCCACCGUGCUCAAAGCCAGUGUGUCUGUCCACAACAAGGCCAUGCUGCUCUUUCAGUGUUCGUCCCAGAGUUUAUUCCUAUGUUCCCCCUGUUGUCUCUUUUUAGUACACAUCACCUGAACGCAGGUGAACAAAAAGGCCAGAGCUACAGAUUGGAUGUAUAAUAAACUAGACUUUUAUUACCAGAGAAGCAGGAUUUGUUGUGUUUACAGGCUGUUUCUAGAGUUCAGCUGAGUGCAAAAGCAGCCAAAUUCCUAUGUAUUAGUUGAACUUACUCUGGCACCCUAAAUUAUGUUGCAUUGGUAAUGAAGAGGGUUUGGCUUGUCAUUAAUGCUCAUAGAAGUCACAUUUUGCUCAUGGAAAAAUGUUUGUUUUAUGUCGCCUCAUGAUUGCAGUGAUAACAUUUGAGUCAGUGAGAAGAAAUUCUUCACGAUAUGGUCAUUACUUUCAUCAUGACCAGUCACAUUGUCAGAUAGAGCCGCACGGUAUCCUCUGAAGUCCAGUCAUUCUGGAUGAAAUGAGUCACACUGUAUGCAUGCGUGUGUUUGUGUGUGUGCGCUUGUGAAUGAGCGACAGAAACAGAGCAGGGAAAAGAGAAGCAAAGGCAAGCAUGGGUUUACACAACUAAGAUGAUAAACGCCUAUUUAGAAUCAGAUCUAUCUCUGAUUGCAAAACGGUGAGCUGUAAGUUUCCAGUGAGCAAACUUUGCUGUACAACUUUGAAUCAGCAGAGUCAGCCACAACCAAGGUGUUUCAAAUCAUUAAGGAACAAGAAAGGAAAAAGAAAACACAGAUUUCUGGAGUAAAAUAAAGUAAAAAGAGACUUGCCCAGAUGUUUGAUGUCUUACACUUGCAUUAGCUGUGGAGCACUGAGCUGAAAAUAGAAGGAAGAUUCAUCAUUUUGAGCUGGAACCAUUUCGCCACUUAGACCACAAGUCAUUUUUUGGUCACAUUAGAGGAAAGCAAGAAAGCUGUGAGAAGCACAUUAGUGAUUGUAAAACAGAGGUGGAAUGCGAGGCAUGCAACAUGAAAACACUUCGGUCUGGGGGGAAUUUAUUUAUCAAGUAUCCAUCUGUCGCCCAUAGCUUGCCUUCAAACAAGCAACAAGCCCAAAUAUACGUGUGAUGUAUAAUUAGUACCAGCCACUGCGACAUUUAAACGGGCUCGUAUUGUAGAAAAGAGCAGUCGGGUAGCAAACAAUCCUAAAAAAUGUUUGUGAAUGUAUGGCUGUGUAACAUCCCGCAGAAUUUACACUUGUAUCAGGAACCUGGUCCUGGAAUGUAUGAGUUUGGAUAAAAAUUGGGGGCAGGCACCGUGUUUUGUGGAAAAAAUGCAACACAGAGAGUAAACUGUUUGUCAGAUAUGUCGUGUGUUUGGUUUAACACCUAAACAGUUCCCCCAGAGCAUCCCCUGUCUGUUUACAACACGGAGCCUGGGAAGGCAGCUAGCUUGGGUAGAGCUAGGCUAACACCAUCUGCAGCCUUUAGUACAGUGUGUGUACAUCAGUUCCCUUUUUUCUUAUCACUAUGUCUAACACCUCAAGGUAAAAAAAAAGACAUUCAAAUCGAUACAGACCAAAGAUGUUUUACACAAAAGGAAAGAUCUGUACAUUUCAUAAUAUUUCUCAUAUUGCGUAUGCACAGUUUUUAGUGCAUACUGGAUUUGAGUAUUUUUCCAAUGUUGUGUGAGGCUUUUCAGAGUAAUGGAGAACUAAAAUGUUGUGCAAUGAGCUGUUUUGAGACGUACAUCACUGUUUCUCAACCUUUUAAUACUUUAGGCGCGCCCCAAACCCGGCCUUUUCACACUGUUAAAGAUCACACAGCAAGAAAGCAUAUAGGCAGUUAAAUCAGCAACGUGUAGCUGAACCCUGCUGACGGUGCUUCAUCUCUGCUUUUCUCCUUUUUUAUUCAGAGAAUUUCUUUUUUUAAUUUUUUAAGCAAAAUAUAUGCUACAGCAACUGUUGUUGAUCGUGAGUAUCAUUUCAGAGACAGAGGUAAUGUCAUACAGAGCUCUGAGACUUUGGCACAAACAGAAGACUUAAUGCACUUUCACAUCAUAAGCUAAUAUGAUUUCAGAGAUGGAUGGAAUGGGAGAAAGAAAGACAGCAAGGCAGCUAAAGGGUAUCAGACCCACUUAUUGCCUGCUUCAGUAGCCGGUAUGUCUGUGGUGGUGAUGAUCUGGACAACUCUUGUUUCAUGUGCAAAGACAGAUGUCAGCAGCAGUGGCCUCGUCUCAUAUGGCUGCUUAACAUCACCACAGGCUUGUGCUGGGAGAGGGCAGCCAGAAGCCAGCGGUGGAGACCUAAGAAUAAAGCCAAUGUUUCAGCACUGUCACUUGUGAUUGUGGGAUACUCCUCGUUGAGUAUUGUAUUUCUUCUGGUUAACACUGUCCCUCGCCGGGGCCGGUUUUUGUCUUGGUCUAGCUUCUUCGUUUUGCCUCAAAGCAAAGCCUCCACGUCUAUUCCUGUUCUUUGGCACAGAGACUGAAAUCUAAAUAUUGAGCGGCUGGUUGAACAAGCAGCCCUCUCAAAACCAGACUGCCACCCAGUCCUCCUCCUCUUGCUGCUGCACAGCAGUCCGCAGCCACCACUUUAUCAUCGUGGCACUGAAUGGCCCCCUUCAUGACGAUGGGGUUUAUGACCCUGCGUUCUCAGACCAGGGGUCCAGAUACAGAUUUCCUUCAAAGGCUCUCUCAGAUACCACUGUCACCUUUGGUCAGACUGGCCUGCCUUAAAGAGAUGAUUAUAAGCCUUUGGUGAGAUGCCAAGACCCUCUCUCUUUUUCCCUAUACUAUGACCCUGCUGGUAUACCUGUUUGCAUGUUGGCAUAUUCAGGAGGGCUAUGAGGCUUUAACGGUGGUUCUUAAAUGUUUGACCCUCAUCUGAACCCACAGCUCACCUCACUUCCCUCAGGAAAUGGCAACUUAGCCACAGGAAAUUGACUGUUUUGCUAUUUUUUUAAAGCCCCACCAUACAUUCACCAACACUGGAGCUGAGUGGAGGGGGCAUAAAUUAGCACUUUGAGCAACUUUGAUUUGGAUAAAAGGCUUUUUGCCCCUGAAGUUUUUCUCUUCUAUAGAGCCCAGUUUUAAGCAGCCUUCCAUAUGCCAGCCUGUUUUAUGCAGGAAACUCUUUUUUUUCCUCACACCAACACACACCCACUCAUUGGAUCAACACUAUAGGGCUAUUUAUAGCUCAAUCACAUGAUAAAAAGCAUAUUGUCCCUCAUUUGUUGGGUCUGGUUGCAUGCUCUGCCUGUAUCAUUGCAUCAUUCUGAGUGGAGGCAGCAGUUCAGGCUUUAUGAAUGAACUGACUCUCCGCCAGAGGCUGGGAGAUGGCACUGAUCCCACUGUGAUGUCACUCCAGAGACGAGGCGAAGAGAGAGGGAGCUUUAUGAGACCUCCCAUUCACUCUCUUCUACCCCCUCACCUCCCCACCCCCCACCAGUUCUCUUGUCCAGUUAUGGGCUCAUAUUACAAGCUGGUGACUCAUUCCCUCACCCCUCACCCACGCAUGAUGCUCCUUUGCUAUCUCCCCCGGCCCUACCCUACCCUGCCCUGCCUAUCCCUGCCUGUUCCAGACCCUUAGACUUUGGACACAGUCGCAAAAAUACCCAUUUCACGCCCACGCUCUGUCGCACAACCGAAGUAAGCUGCUAAUUUUCUUCAUGUGUGUAUAUUUUUGUAUAUGUGUGUCAGUUUAACAACCUUAGGUACUAAACAGACCCUCAGUUUAAAGUCUGGUUGUGGCUUGUAAAGGCGGGUGAAAUAUCACGCUCAGCCUGUCCAUUAUCCAUAUCAUGUAAAGGGGAGUGGCUAAUCAAUACAUUUUACUGUGCAUCCAAUCCUGCCUCAUCAGCAAUUCUUACAAUUAACAGACUUAUGUCUUUGAUUUCAUCAGAAAAAAAUGUGUCAUCUCAUACUCUCGCUGCGAUCUUUUUACUCUGCUUCUUGUUGGUGAAAUGUGAACGGCAUAAUGUUGCUUGUGAUUUACACCCACUCCCACAUUUCAUGAGCUAAGUGGCUGGGACUCAUUUUGCGGACAGACCCACAUCAUCUAAUGUGGAAAGUGAUGACUUGUGGAUGCUUUAACUCUCAGUACAUACUGACCAUUCUGUAUCUAAUGGGACUCGCAGGCAUUGAAAUCCUAUCAGGACUUCAUCAUUUACUAGAGAUUGUCUAGAUCCAAGCUCGCCUCUCACACUAAUGGAUGCACACUGUACAUUAGCGCUGCCACAGACAACUUUUAUACGGAUCAUUCACUAUGGAGACAGAUCUCUUAUUAUUGCACUUUUAGUCUUGUGUACUCCUUUUCCUCCGCUUGUUAUUCUAUUGGAAAAAAUAACAUUAGUUAAAGGAGCUUUUCUUUCAUCCAACAGUUCAAACAUAAGAUUCAUUUUUUUUCUGUCUUUAAUUGCUCUGAAAAUACAGAAAAUUCCACUUUAAACUUGUUUUAUGAAGGAAAAAAAAGGAGUAAUUUCAAGCAAAAACAAAAGAAAUCACAAGAAUUGCAGCUGAGAUUGUAAUUUGCCCCGUCAUCAUGGUUCACAUUUUUCUUCAGUGAGAGUUCCUGAUGGUCGCUCUCACGCACGAUGGUGUUGGGUGUCUUUGAUGAAGAAUUUAGAGCUCAAGUUGUUUCCAGCCUGUGUGGGCAAAUAGAGGCACGGGGCAGGGUUGAUAAAAGCGAUGGAGAGGGAGAGGGUGGAAACGGUUCGAAAGUGCAGACAAACCCAACAUGAUCCAGCUUAAAUAAACUGUCACAUUUGGCCUUUGUCUUUACUUCAAAGCGCAGACUGUCUGAGCCCCAGUCGCAUCUCAGUUUGCAGCCGUAGCAGCAUGAAAGUUUUUUUUUUUUUUGCACUCUUAACACAUCUUAGAUUAAGCCAAGAAGAGGCCUCAACUUCUAUGUUCGGGUCUUAUUUUUAUUGUUAAAGUGCACUGCUCAAAGUUGCAUCGAAGAAAGUUUAACUGAGGUCUUCUGUGAGGCUGUUACAGUGUUUAUUCUCUGACUCUUGGAUCUUUCUUUUACUCCUGACUAGAAUGAAUUAGUCUUUUUUCUCUCCAGAGUAACACAGAGCAAUAUAUUAUUACAUGUCUAAUUGAAUCACACGAAGAGCAAAGAGCUCUUGUCUGUCCUCUGUCUCUGGUCUGUUGCACGGUUUCUUUCUUUAGAGAGGGAAAAAAAGAGGGGAAAAAAUAGCCAAAGACUGAAGAAAGAAACUUGGGAGGCCUAAUUUUAAAAGCAGACAGACAGACAUUGGUUACAUGGGCGAAGGAGGGACAGCUGCUGUGCAUUCCAGGCGAGGUCGAGACGUCAGCGAGUGGUGAAAACAAGCAUGAACUGUAUGUUGCCCCAGUGUACCGCCGGCAGAUAAAACCACCAGCCAGUGGAGAUGCCAGAACAUCUGGGUUCAACCAAUCGUUGUGUUGUAAGAGGAGUGACACAAUUUUGCUUAAUCUCAAAUCUGCCCUCAAACUACGCCUCUUGUGCCUUUUUUAACCACUUUAAUCGGUGUACAAAUUAGAUAGAAUGGAGAACCAUGCUGUAAAAUCACAGGCCUGAUUGAGCCCUUGAUUUAAUACGGACCUCCAUAUGCUUAAGUACCAAGAUGCCCUGGCACACAAAGUUUUCUUCUUGCAAGUUUCCCCCUCCCCAAGACUAGAAACUCUUCAGUGUGAAACUCUCAAGGAUCAUCAUGAUAUAUAAUUGUCUUUGUUGUGUAAAUGAGUGGGCAGUUUCCACAUUGAAUGAUUAAUCAGGACACUGUGAAGCCUAUUUACAAGUCAUUUUUGAGAAUUGGACCAUUAGUUUUUAGCAGCCUUUUCUUGUGUUGCCUAGGGGUCUUUUCCCCUCUCCCCUCAUCAUCUCCGUGCUCUACCCCUUUAUCCCAUACUUCAGCAGCCUGGUCAAUCUAAUUAGAUGAGUGCGAGUCAUCAGGCACUGUUUAAAGCCAUCAAAGGGAGCUCUGUUCAACACUGGGUGCCCACUGGCUGUGAGCAAAGAACAGUAGGCCCACUGUGGGACUGAGACCCUCAAGACAGCCCACCCCUAACUCCCCAAGCCACAUGCCAGCAAGUAAGGUGACAUCAUCACCCCAUUCUUUGACCCUUGACCUCUCAGAAUGUUUGACCCCAUGCUAAGUGAGGUGACAGUAGACCCACUGUGUCAGGGCAACAUGGUAGAAGUGCCAGCAAGGGUCAUGGUGUCGCUGAUUGGCACCAGCGAUACUCAACCAACCAUGAUGUGCUUUUCAGAGAGAGGCUUUGGUUUUUUCAUGCUUGGCGACAAACUUAUAUCUUUUUUGUUGCGAGUGGUAUUUGCUUUGAAUUCCAUUUGAAUUGAAAUUUGAGUAAAAAAGUAAUAAAAAGAGAUGUUCAAACUCAGCAUGCACCAAAUUCUGCAGCUGUUUUAUAUGCUACUCAGCAUCUGUGUUUCAAUAUGCAAACAUGUUGCACAUGCAGUCCUGCAGCAUGUUUACAGCAGCUCAGAUCACACUGUGUGACAUCUCUGGUUUAAAUAGAUUGGCUCUGAUUCGGACACAGUGCCUGUCUAGACAGGAUGUAAUUGUUGAGCCAUGUUGUUGAUCACGGUCAGAUACAACUGUGUUGGCUUGUUUGUGUGUGAGUACACGUGCGUGUCUAUGUGAAGAUCUAUCUGAACGACACAGCCUCUCUUACCUGCUGUUUCUUUGUCUCUGUUUAAUUUCCAUCCUGUGUGCCUUAUCAGAACGAAAAAUGAUACAGGAUGCAGAAUUGUAACGUGGGUUGUCAACAGUGAUAAUCGGAGUACAUAACACCACCAUGUUACUGAUUUGACCUGAAUGAAAUAGAAAUGGACAUAAUUCAAAACAACAUCAUAAUCAAUGUUCUCUGUGAUUUGUAUUUGUCAGAUCCAGAGUGUGGAGAUGUCCCUUUGCUAACUCCGGGGAGUAAAGAGAUGAUGUCCCAGGCUCUGAAGGCCACCUUCAGUGGCUUUACAAAGGAACAGCAGCGGCUGGGUAUUCCCAAAGGUAAAACCAACUGCAUCUUGUACUUUUGGCAGUCUCUUCUCACAUUCUUAUCUGGGAAAUGACAUUUUGAAAGUGAAAGGAAGUCCCGAAACCCCCCGUAACAUGUGACAUGUCAUGGGAUCCCCUCACGUCCCGGCCUGCUUUGGAGUCAGAGAGUUCAUCUUUGAAAAAGGAUUCACUGAAAACAGGAGACACCCAGUUAUUCCAGAAAUGGCCAUACAUUACAUACAUUUCAGUCAGUCAGAGCCGACUGACUAACUAUGUAGACGCAGAGACAGACAGCACAAUAAUGACUUAGGAGGCCAACCACAGAGUCUCUUUAUGUUGUUAAGAAAACUGCAUUACAUUAUAAUCAUACUUCAUCUGCAAACUAUGGUCCUGACUUGUUAUUACCAAUGCUCUUUACACUCACUGCUGUUUUCUUUUCUCUUUUUGUCUGACUUGAUUUGAGUAGAUAUAAUUACAGAGGAGAGGGAGUAACAAUAUAACCAAAAAUGUGAAGUUUCUUACCGUGAAAACAGAGCAUAAUAUAGAUUGAGCAGCAGGUCAAAGAGUCAGAAACAGAGAGAAUGUAUUCUGCAGUGUCACGUCAACAGUUAAUGAUGUCUUAUCCUGAUGUUUUCAGAUCCCAGACAGUGGACAGAAAACAAUGUGGCGGAGUGGCUAACGUGGACAGUUAAUGAGUUCAGUCUGAAGAAUGUUGACUUUGAUAAAUUCUGCAUGAACGGAGCCGACCUGUGUGCGAUGGGGAAGGAGCGCUUCCUGGACUUAGCACCUGACUUUGUGGGUGACAUCCUUUGGGAACAUUUAGAAAUGCUCCAGAAAGGUAAAGUCCUUUUCGUGAAGACAAGUGAAAAUUUACUGAUUAACCAAACGAUGAGAGACUAGAAGCUUUCAUGUUUUCUAUCUGAGAAAAACCUCACUUAAAAAUAGGACCCUGUUGACACUUGCUAUAGUAACACGAGCCAAACAGGAAGACACAAUUUAGCCUAGGCCAUUAAUUUUUGAUCACGCUGGCUGCAGUUACGUGAUACAUGAAAUCAAUGGCGGGGUCACUGACGCUUGUUCUCUAUCUAUUUUUCAUGAAGAGGAUACAAAGCAUUACCCCAUCAAUGGACUGACCUCCAACUUCCAGGAAUCACGUUAUACCUCAGACUACUUUGUCAGUAAGUACUCAUCGCACUCACAGACCAUCAUUCUGAGUAAUGGCAUCGAGCCUGUGCCUAAAAUAUGAAUGGAUAUGAUACUAGAGAAGUGGUUCACUGCUGCAUUAUUUGAAUUAUUAUAUGAAUAUAUCACCUCACAUUUUAUUUAAAAAAAUAUCUUAGGAUUUAAAUCCAGGAAAACAGGAUAUAUUUACAACAUUUUUGACAAAUAUGGGGGAAACAAUGUUGAAUAAAGUUCAAACUUUUUUCUGCAGAAGCUCAGGAUAAUUCGAAUGUUUAUACAAUUACCGCAACAAGAUAACUGUAUUUAAGUCUACAGUAUUCUUGCAUUUAAUGUACAAGAUUUUAGGUGUGGAUUUUGUCACAGUAAACUGUCAUCUUUUUGACAGCAGCUCAACACAGGAGGGAUAAUGACUCCACUCCUAAAAUUGAUCCCCCUCUUCUGCUCUGCUCUCUAUCUCCUCUUGUUUCGACCUUCAUAUCUCCAGGCUAUGGUGUUGAGCAUGCUCAAUGUGUUCCCCCUUCUGAAUACUCAGAGCCCGGCUUCAUCACAGAGUCAUACCAGACACUUCAUCCCAUCAGCUCAGAGGAAUUGCUGACGCUCAAGUAUGAGAGUGAAUACCCCGCUAUCAUCCUACGGGACACGCCCCUCAACCCGCUGCAUGGGGACUACUUUCCAGUCAAGCAAGAAGUGGUGUCCCCCGACAAUAUGUGCGUGGGACGCCUCAGCAGAGGUGAGGGAAUACAGACGAAACAAUAGAAAUACUUAGCAGGGGUUUAAGCACUGUGUAGCUGUAGUUUCGGGGAGUAUUUUAGAGACGAACAUGCAGCGUUUCCAUUGCAAUCAACUGUUCGUUUUGAUUGAGAGAUUUAGAAAUGUGGCACAUUUUGUAUGCGGGUGUUAAUACAUAGAAAUGGUGUCUUCUUGGGUGUCUGCAUGUGUUUGGUUGUGCUGAAGCAACCAGAAUGUUGUCAUGCCACAUCAGUGUUCUUGUAUUGAAGGUGAAGAAAAGCAUGUCCCUAUGGUUGGUUUGUGGUUCGAACAAACCCGUCUCAUACACUCCUGACAGGGUUGGAAAAAAAAAAAAAACGCAAACCUUAUUGUUUUUGUCAGAAUGAAACACGAACCAAAGCCACAGUGUGUUCUCUUGCUGCCUGUUCUUUAUGUAAAACAGUAUAAGUGGUGUAACCUUUCAAGACUUUUUUUUUUUUUUCCUUUCCUCGACUCAGCCUUCUGUGUAAAGAGAUAGAGGUGUCAUCCUCAGUUAGCAAGCGUGGGUUUUCUCAUGAAACGGUUUGCUUUUCUGCACACACAGGCUUGUUUUCUCCCCCAGUGAUAGUUUACAAAGGAAUUAGCAGCAUAGUUUACAUUUGCUGCAAUAAAGCUAGGAUUUUCUUCUCACAAACCCGCAGCUGUAUAAAUGACUAGCGUGUACCAUGAUCACUAUACAAGCCUCCUGCCAAUGCUUAAAACAUUUGCCUGCAAGGUAUGAGGUUCAUUCCCCGUGCAUCACACAUACCGCGCUUGUAAGCGUUGCAUUGUGCUCUCCCAAUGUGGGAAAGUAUUUUUUUUUAAGAACAACUGCUUUCCACAUGUGGCUUCAAUUUCAGCACUCCAAGGUUUGACAUCAAUCGAGGCGCUGCAUUAUCUGUCAUUUGAUAAUGACUCACCAUUGAAAGACUCCUCUUAUCUUUCCCAAGUUCAAAAAUAGCAACAGAAUUUGUGUGAUUGUCUUCCAUUUAAAAUCAAAUCCAAAUGUCGGUUGUAAAAGGGAAAUGAGGCGGGAAAUGGAGAGAGAUGUGGCACUGUGUGAAACAAUACAGCUUUGUGAGAGAGAGAACAUAAUUGGUUGCAAUGGAGUCAUUUCCCUUCAGCAUUGUAGCUCUUUUAUAAAAUGUCGUAAAAAACUUUAAUUUAACACAUUUUUUUUGCUUUUAAACAUUCAUUCAGUGUUUGUUUUUUAGAAGAGUGAAAAAUAUGAAAAACAAUCGUAAUACACAAUAUAAAUCCAGGCAGUAUUGAUUCUCUUCAAGUGUAAUAUCUUCUCUCAGUGUUUUAUUUCGGUUAUAGUUUGCUUGAAUGUAACAGCAUGUUGUCCUCUUUCUCUUGCCUUCUCUCCUUAUUCUUCUCCACAGGUAAGCUCGGUGGUCAGGAUUCAUUUGAGAGCAUUGAGAGCUUUGAGAGCUGCGACAGACUGACCCAGUCGUGGAGCAGCCAGUCUUCAUUCAGCAGCCUGCAGCGGGUACCAUCGUAUGACAGCUUUGACUCAGAAGACUACCCUACUGCCUUGCACGGCCACAAGCCCAAGGGCACUUUCAAAGACUAUGUGAGGGAGCGCUCAGACCUCAGCAAGGAUAAACCUGUCAUCCCAGCAGCAGCACUGGCAGGAUAUACAGGUGAGGCAUCUAGCGGUCAUAGUUUAUGUAAUGUUAGACCUCUUUUUUUCUUUUUUAGCAGACAUAUCUCCAAAGGGGAAAGAGUGGCCAAAUCAAACCAUGAAUAAUAACUUUUCAUAUACGUUGUUGUAGACUUUGUAGGAGUUCUGAGUUCUUCCUCAUGACCUCUGCAGACUUUUGCAUGUUUUUUUGCAGUGGGUACAUGUCUAAAAUAAUGUCUUUGGAAUUUGGUAAAGAUGCCUUCUAGUUACAAAAUGUAGUUUCUGAAGUUUGGCAUAUUAAAAAUUCAACUCAGUGCAGUGAUAACGCAGGUUUUGGUGCUCUGCAAAAGCCCUCAAACACGAGAAGGUGCUAAAAUGCAAUGCCGUCAGACCAAAAGAAUCUCUCUAGCAGCCUUCGGCACGCACAUUACAAGAAACUGAAAAGAUUAAAACUCGUAUUUUUAUAUUCAAAUUUUUUCUCGUCUUGUUUUCUCUCUCUCUAUUUCUCACAAUCUUUUAUCCUGUCUCACUUCUCAUCUACCUCCUUGUUAUCUGCAGCCCGCAUCUCAACCUAUUUUUUUCCAGGUCGUCUUAGCAACGCUGGUGAAAUAUAGAAAUAAUGCCUGCUUUUGCACAUAACACCGGUGUAAAAUUAUCUCCUUAUCUCAUGAGGCAUCUUCAUACGGUUCGUGCUCAAAGAGCUGGUUUAUGUUUGUUCUCCAUGUUGAACAAGAUGUGGGACCAUCUGAACAUGCUACUGAAGCAAACGCACAGUUUUAGUAUCUUUUAUCUUUUUUUUCCUGAAAAAGGUGCAUGCAAACUAUUUCUGACACUUUAUGGGAUUACAAAUAUGUCUUUGGUUUCAAAUGCUUUCUUUAGAAACCACACAAAGGAAACUUUUAUUUGCAAAUGAAAAGGUACUUCCCAAAUGAAACACCGCAUUGGUAAAUGCUGUGCACAAUACAUAUUCGCAGUCAGCUAAAGUUUAGUCUUUAAUGCAUAUCUGAUUUAAUAAUCAGAUUGUCAGGGACAGUUCAAGUGUAGACACUGACUUGCCUCAAAAAAAAAGUGUUUGGGACUUUUUCAGCUGUAUUUAAAUUAUGGUCACAAGGCUGCAAGAUUGCAAGCAACAGAAAAGGGGAAAUCCAAGCAAUUCUCUCAACUUCUCAAACAAUGCAUACACCAGAUAUCAACUGACUGUCCCAAACUUGGUAUGCAUGUGUUAACUUGUUAUCCGUAUGGUUAUUAGUUCAAAAGCCACUUAUAGGACAAUGAGUCAUUCAUUCAGGAAGAUGUUUGAAAGAUGCUGUAAUGUAUAAUCGAGUACUGUAACGUAAGACACAGUCUAAUAGGCCCUCUAGAGACCGUUACAUUGCCCUCUGCACCCUUUUUGAAGUCAAAGAACAGAAGCGAGAAAGUAUAUUCAACAGAAAACAUUAAUAUAGUGCAAGAGUUUAUAAAGGAACAGGAAAACCAGAGGUUGAUAAACAGGGAUUUGUUUUUGACUCCAAAUCAGACGAAAACCCUCAUUUGAGAAAUGUGCCUGUACAAAUAGCAGCACAAGAUAUAAGGAAAAGCAUGUAGACUUUACAUGUAUGCAUGUAAAACUAUUCACUACUUCAUUUACCCCUUCAGUCUAGUUAAAAUGACUGGACAGUUGACUCUAAAAAGGUUCAUGUGUGAAAGCCUUGCAAGUGUUUUCUGCCUAAUGCAUGGUGAUGUAUUCUCACUGAGGAGAAUGAGCUUUUUUUCUGAGCUUUUACACAAUGGAGAAAGGGGACGAUGCAAAAAAGAAAAAAAGAUGUCAAAAUAGCCCAAUUUUCCAGAAAGAGAAAAAUGUUGAGGAGUAUGCUCUGGUUCAAGCUGUCAUUACAAGCAGCAGGAGGCAGAGUGUAGUGCCUCAAAGGUGGAAGGAUUUUUUCGUGUGCAUGUGUGUCAAACCCGUGGGCUUAUUCGUGGGUGGAUAAAGAGAUACAUGAAGAGAGAGGAGUGAAAGGAAGAAAAAAACAACUUAAGCAAAGAAAGAAUAUAACAGACAUAUGUUAAAAUCCAAAUCAAUGUUUAUGACGGCUCAACAACUCUCUCUGCUUGACUUCCUGUCUCAGAGGCAAGGUGACAGGUGACACUUGCAGCAAAGGACUGAACCUUAUAAGGUUGGGCAGAGAUAAGUAAAGCUCAAGUUGUCACCUCCAUGGCUUCCUGUGAUGGUUGCUAUCUACACUCCUCUCUACAUAACCAUCACAGUAUUAUAAUGAUAUAAUCUUAAAACGUACCGUAAUACUUCUUUUCUACUUUUACACAUAAUAUAACAACCUUUCAAACAUGGGAAUAGUGAUUUGACUUGUGAUUUUUCACCAUAGUAGUCAUACAUAUUUAAGAGAACACAAAACUAUGCAUUGAUUUUAAAUGGCAGAAAAAAAUGUCCUCCCAUUCUCUUCCAGUAGCCUCGUAUGCUCAAGACGUAUUUAGCAUGCUGAGGGUCACAAACUCAGCGCAGCUCUGACUGCGAACUCUCACCAAACCCACCCUUUUGACACAGUGCAUGCUUUUUCAAUGGGGCCCAUUGUGCAUGGAGGCUCGAAACAUAUUUUUGGAAACUUUUUUGUCAAAGGGUAGCCUACAUUCUGGCGUGAGAGCACAUGGGGGCUGGUAAACCAGCACUGUAUCGCCCUUAUGUGGGCUUGCUGUUACAGACGCAGACUUAAGGAAUGCGAAUCAGAGCUCUCUGUCUAAAAGAGACCCAGUGUUGCCACUUAUUUUCCAAAGUCAGGCAAGCUGUUGUCAUGCACCUUCUCCAGGCCUAGCAGGAGUGAAAAGCAGCAUUUCAAGUGUUCAACCCACACGCCUGUUUCCCUUAAAGCUUUUGUUUGUGUUCUAUAAGGGUACAUUUGGUUUUCUGAGGCACUCGAGAGAGGUGACUUUUGCUUGGCUUCGGCUUUGCUGAGGCGGUGUGUGCUGCAUAAGCAGGUGUGAUUUCAACACGCGAGGCCUCAAAAGUAGGUGGGUUAGUGUAUAGGCUGAAAAACCACAAGAUCAAAGUGUUCUGCUGUGAAUCUAGUUCAGAGACAAGACCUGCCUUUUUCUGGUUUUCUUUGUGCUGCUUUCCCUCUUUUUCCACAAGAUGUAAUGAGUUGUUGUCGAAGCGCUGAAGUUUAGUUUGUACAAAUUACCGUAUUACUGUUACCAUGAGAAAUAAAUCUGUUUCAUCAUUUAAGGUCACUUCACAGUCUGUCUCUCUCAUGCACGCUGUAUUUCAAGUGCUUAAAAAUGCGCUGCUCAAGCCUCAAGGCAGCGGCUCUUAUUUUAAACGAGUGAUUUCAUCAGAAUGGAACUCUUACAGACACAGACUCUGGAUUCACAUACUGUACAGGGCAAACAGCAGACAAGGGAAUACAUGGUGAAUGGCACUGUUGUAUUUAGGAGGACAUUUAGUUCAACUUCUGUACUUCAGUCUGACCCAGAUUAGAAGGUUUAGUGUGUUCCUCAUCUAACGUCGUAAAAGUGUGCACUGUUGAGGGACGGAACUUUUAUCUCCUCUUAUCUUUGCAUUGCAUGAAUGUUGUCUCACACACUUAUGAACCCACAUUCUCAAAAAAGUGUACAACUCUACGUGUUUAUAUUUAUAUAUACAUGAAUUGUUUCCUAAGUGUAAGGGUGCUGGUGUCUUUCCAAUCCUUGAACAAACCAGAGUAGAUGCCAAAUUGAACUAAUACAUUAUCUCCUCUGUUCUGCAGGCAGCGGACCCAUCCAGCUGUGGCAGUUUCUCCUGGAGCUGCUGACCGACAAGUCUUGCCAGUCCUUCAUCAGCUGGACAGGCGACGGCUGGGAGUUCAAGCUCUCUGACCCAGAUGAGGUGAGAGGUCAUGACUUCGCUGGUCACUGGUACACAUGCUGGGAGGUCCUAAGUGUUUAGCCAGAUGAAGUGAUGUCUACUGAUUUUGUCCAAACCUUUGCAUGCUUUGUUUGGCAUCAUCAAUCUUUAGGAAUGGGUGACUUUACCGAUUUUGCUCUUUAUUUGUUUUUCCUUUGCAAAAAGAAGCAAUGAGAAACAAAUUGUGAUGUAUUUUCACUAUUACUUAACUUUUUUGCACAUGCGCAAUAUGACUGCUGAAGUUGUUUUGACACAGUUCUUGUCUGCACCCUUUCAGGUUGCUCGGAGGUGGGGUAAAAGGAAAAACAAGCCCAAGAUGAACUAUGAGAAGCUGAGCCGUGGCCUGCGCUACUACUAUGACAAGAAUAUCAUCCACAAGACAUCAGGGAAACGCUACGUCUACCGCUUUGUCUGUGACUUAAAAAGCCUGCUGGGCUACACUCCUGAGGAGCUCCAUGCAAUGUUGGACGUAAAGCCCGAUUCGGACGAGUGAAACCGAGAUGAAAAAGGAGUUGAAGAUAGAAGUUAAGGUGCCACAUUGACUGUGGCUGAUGAAGUGGUCUUAACUGUUUGAUAGAGCCAGUAAACCAUUUGUUCUGGGGACCAAAAUGUUUAAACGAAUAAUUGUGGUCUUUAUCAACUUCAAGCUCCUGUCUCUCAGAGAUUGUUUUAGAAAGAAGGCACAAGCCAAGAGCCUGUAUUCAUACCCUGUUGCAUUUGAGAUGUGUGCGCGCGCAUGAAUGUGUGUGUAUAUGAGUAUGCGAGUGUGUGAUUUUGUGCCGGUAUAAUUUAGCAGCUUGAGACGGAUGGGGCACCAUGGGUGGAGUUAAGGUUCUGCUCCAGCUGAGUAGCACAGCAGGGUGACAAGAGGACCCCGACAGAAAGUCUGAGAAUAAGUGGAAAAGAGAAAACAAAAUAGUGCUUCUCAUUGUAGGGGAAACAGAGAACUGGCAGAAAGUACUUGCAAAGAGAAAAAAAAAAGUUGCCAAAAUGUUAAAAAAAUACAAAGAAAUUUAGAAAAUUGUUGUCUCAUUUCAACCAACCAUCCCCACUGUUUCUCUUUAUCAAAGUGAGAUUCUUCAGCUUGGACCAAAAAGUGUUGUUUCUUAUUGUUUUUUUAUGAAAGCAUAUGCUUGUGCCAGUAUUAUAUUAUUGACAUUAAGAGCAGCCAAUGUAAACCAAACAGGAAAAUAAAAGUAGGAGUAUUAUUUUCUUUUUAUAUUUUUAUUCUUUUGUCAAUGAAGGUAUUACAGUGGAACCAAACAUAAGACGCCAAGUGUAACUGGUCUCCAGGAGCCUUUACCUGAAAUGUGCUGAUGUGUUAUCAGACAACACUAUUGACACUGGCCCUGCUCUCUGUGGGGUGUGAGGACCUGGUGACUCAUACCUAGACUGUCUGAUGGACUGACAACUGAAAGUAGCCGUUGCUUUUGAAACUGACGCUUUCACCUUUACAUGCCUGCCACUUUGUCAGAGACACGUAAUGUGACUGAAACUUAUGCAUUUUUUUUGCAUAUACCACCAGUAUUAGCAAACUGUAGACAAUCUCUGUGGAGGGAAGUCAGGAGUCUCUGGCAAGAGUUCGUUUUAAUGUGCAGAUUAGCUGCAUAAAUUUGUCGUUUCACUGUCCAUGUUCGUGUUGCUUUAGAAGUGUUUGAAUAGUCUUAUGUCUGUCUGAGUAUCUAUAUCAUAAAAUCCCAGUGAAAAGUAGGGAAUGAGGUUUUACAAAGUCCUAAGAAUGUCAGAUUUAUGCUUUUUUUACGUCAUGUUUUUUCGGUCACAAGGAGAAGCAGCUGUAGUGUCUUGAGGAUGUGCAGAGAAGGGAAACGGGAAAGACAAUUGAAAAAUGAGAGAUAUGGAGGUUGUAUGAUUUAGAUGGAUGUGACUGUAGAAUAUUAGGAUACUUGUGACCAUGAUCUGACAUGGUAUGACUGAAAGGAACUUAGCUCUCUGUGGAAGUUUGCAUUUCAUUUGUGGUAAUUCAAACACAUUUACAGUGAAGUGCAGCUCUCACUGAAACCUCAUUGCAAGUACAAACAUUCAGGACCAGUGGCAGACGUUUGUGUGCCAUUCUUAGGUUUGAGUGUAAUUAUCCACAAGCAAAAUUAUAUUCAGGUCAUGGCUAGUAAGUUGUGUGAUCUGUGCAGUUUUUUUCAAAGACUUUGACUGGUUACAUAUGAGCACAUUGGCUCCAGUUCUCCUCCUAAUCUUGGAAGAGUGGCUGUACACUGGCCUUAUGGGAAAUGCCAAAGUGGAACAUCAUCUUAGAAUACAAUGUUUACAGUGGCUGAAUGUUACCCAUAUGGAUGAAAAUAGCUUUUGAGAUGUCUAUUUGUACAGAUUGUAUUUCAUAAUACUUUAUUGAGACCCAGAUUACACAAAUAAGCAAGAGACAAAGCAGGAAAAAUAACCAAAACUCAUGUGAGGUCUUUGGUCACAGUGCUUUGGGUAUCAACCACAGCGUUAGAAGACAGGGACCAAAAUCCUCUCACACUUUUGGAAAGUGUUGACUUUUCUUUGAGGGUUUUUUUUUUGAAGCACACAGAAAAAAGACAAAGAAAAACAGCUUUUGGUUUUCUGAGUUUUCUAAUUAGGCACAAGCUGUGACUCAUGAGUGUCCACUCUAGUCAUGGUAAAACCAAUUAAAACAAAAAAAACCCCACACCUUAAUUGGUUAAAAGCUGCACUGUACUUUCAUUCCUAUCUGUGUUAAUGUUUUUGUUUUUUUCAGGUUCUUCUACUUGUGGCAGUGCUUUGUGUUGAAGAGAUUUUCACAGAUUUUUAAAUAAACGGUAAAUAUACAGGUUGUCAGUGCCCUAGAAAAACCUUUUUACCCACACAAGGUCAUAGUAUUUUUAAGUUUGGCUUUUUAAAUUCCAUGUGCGAAGAAAAAGAAUCUGUUACCAGAAAUGCUGAUAUCUUUAAAAUUAUUUUGUCAGGAAAUAUACUGUUAUCAAAUGUCACAGAUUGCAAUCUACUGCAGGUCUAAUGUAUUACUAAACCUUAGUAGGGCAAAUGUACACACACAAAAGUAGUUUGUGGCAUAUGCAUAUCUCAGAAUGGAUUCAGAAGGAAAACUUUUUGUUAUGUAUGUUGUUGUUUUUUCAUAUUUUAUAUUGUCUUUGUAUUUUUGUUAUGAGAUCAUUUUUAUUGUAUUUAGUUCACAAGCAAUUGAAUAUUUUUCAAUAAUUUAUAUUUUAUAAAGACAAGAGUUGCAGACAGCUGGUGCUUACAUGGGAAUUUAAAGGUAGCGCAGGACAAAAUAAUGUAGCGUUUUGUUUUUUUUUAUGUUUUUUUUAUUCUUUUUUGAUACAGAAAUAGACUUGUCUGCUUGAGAUAAAAAGGCUGAUGCUGGCCCAUCAAUGAUUUCUGCUGGAAAGGUUUUAUAAACUGUAGCUUCUAUUUCUAAAAUGUACUUAAUGUACUUCAAAAUGUUAUAAAAUAUAUGUGAACAAGGAUUUCAUAA